GAACCUGGGUAUAAUUCACCCAAAUCACCAACUUGUAUAGCACUGUUCGUAGGCUAUUUCAAAAUGGCAUCAGUACUGCACACCUUGUUCACGACAUCGAAUAUUUUGUAAUUCCGCCUUUUUAGUUGAUCUCUUGGCUGUCUUGCCUGAAAGUGACAUUGUCCUACUGAGGUUCUGGAUCAGCUACAGGGAAUAUGUCAGACGACGAAGUGGAACCUGCAACGGAACCUGGAGUUAUUUAUUUGUCAACAAUACCCACAGGCAUGAAUGUCAGCAUGAUAUCGGAUAUCAUGAGUCAGUUUGGCAAACUUGGCCGAGUUUACCUAGUACCUAAGACGACGAAACGGGGAAAAUUUCGCCAGUAUGACGAAGGCUGGGUAGAAUUCGUCAACAAGAAGUAUGCCAAACGCGUAGCCAAAAAUCUUAACUGCACUGAAGUUCCGGGAUCGAAACGCAAUCCAUGGUUUGGCGAACUCUGGAACAUACGGUAUUUACCAGAUGCUUCUUGGAACGACCUGUUUGGAGCUGAACGGGAAGAACAAGAACAGAGGCGAUCAGCGCACGAUCGAGAUGUUCUUAUCGCCAAAAGACAUGCUCGACAGUUCACAGCAGCUUUGGAAGCAACAAAAUUAGAGAAGAAGUUGGAGGUAUCAAAGGGGAAACGUUUCCGGAGCCGGCAACCUAUUGAUCUAAACAAAAGACAGAGGCUGACAGAAAGUGAAAUUUUGGAAAGAUUGGCCAGGUCCCAUCGAACACCACCUGAGGGCUCUUCUGGUCUUAGUGCGCUUUCCAAUAGGGACUUUAUGACUAGCUUAUUUUCCGGUGGUUUGUGAUCACAUUUCCCUCUCCUUCCAACUGUAAAUAAAUCUUUCAGAACUCUUUGAUAUGUCAUAUUCGUGGUUAUAUGCAGCGAUCCGU